AUGUCCGAACGCCAAAGUGGUGUAGAUCAAUGGCUCAGCGAGGAGAAGGGAUAUGGCUUCAUCACCCCAGACUCCGGCCCAGAUCUGUUUGUUCACUUUCGGUCAAUUGAGGGUUCUGGAUUCAGGCAAAGAGGGACAGGCGGUCACUUUUGGAGCAGUCAUGGGGGCGAGAACUCCCCAGGCGGAUAA